AUGUUGACGAGCGCGAUAGCCACGGCGCGCAGGGAGAAAACGAGCGUCAACGCCGCAUUGAAACAUGCCGAAGCUCAAAUCGUCGCAGUUUGGGUCAAAGAAUUCCCGGGUCUAAACAACGCAUCAAGAAUCCGACUAAGCGACUUCUCUUCAUGGUUUGCGAGCUAUGCGAGCUUUGCCGGAGUUUCAACAGCCCUGGAAAUUCCCGGGCAGUACGACAACAUAAAUGCACCGCCAGAUAUGGAGCGACACGUCACCAUAAUGGGAUUCGCACCGGAAGUACAGGUCUUCGAAUCCAAGCAGCGACCAAAAAAAAUAACGAUGAGAGGAAGCGAUGGCAGAGAUUAUCAGUUCAUCGUGAAGGGUGGAGAGGACUUGCGUCAAGACGAGCGCAUUCAGCGCUUAUUCAGAGCAAUGAAUGGGCUCUUGGCCUCUAAUACGGAAUCUCGAGGUAGGGGGUUAGAGGUUCGGACUUUCCAUGUCUCCCCUCUAUCUAAUCGAACCGGCUUGAUUGAAUUUUUGCGCAAAACUUCGCCGCUGCUUCGGCUUCUGAAUAAGCCUGUUGAAGAAGCGAAUGUGACUGCAUUCGUUGAACAUCAACGAUGGAUUAAAGAGCGCGCGACGGGACUUGGCAAGCGAAAGCGAGAGUCUGCGCAUGUAGAUGCGACGACACACAGCGACUACCUCAGUGCGAUAGGCAAAGCAUCGAAAGACGACUCGGUGGCUAUACUCACGCGAUUGAAAUCGGCGACGACGUCGCCAGAUGCUCUACGGAAGAUUUUGUUCACAGCCGCAGGCAGCGCAGAAGCUUUCGUCAUGAUGAGGCAAUCAUUUGCGACAUCUUUAGCAUCCUCCAGCAUUUGUGGCUACGUUGCUGGAGUUGGCGAUAGGCAUCUGGACAACAUCCUUCUCGAUAUAUCGACGGGAGAGUUGGUACACAUCGAUUUUGGGUACGCCUUUGGCACCGCUACACACGCUCUUCCGAUUCCUGAACUUGUCCCAUUCAGAGCGACUCCAGCUCUUCUCGAUGUUUUCUCUCCAUUGAACGCGCGCACGUGGCUGGAAACGGACAUGUGCCGAACUAUGAAGGCGCUUCAGGACGGCUCGACACUUCUCAAGGGCGUGAUGGACAUUUUCCUUCGCGAUCCCCUAAUCGAUUGGGAACGCGAAUCCGUGAGUGCAGGUACGCAAUCUCACAUCCAGAACAGAAUCACUCGCGCGUGGGGCAAAUUAGAACUCGACAAUCCAGCCGUCGUCGUCGUCGACGAGUGCGAAUCAAAGCACAAGAAUUCUGCACAUUGGACAGAUUUGCGCAAGACGCUCGUUGGCGCGAAUGCGCCGCCCGCGAAGAAAUGCACCGAUGUCGAGCAUCAAAUUCGUGCGUUAUUAGACUUAGCGACCAACCCAGAACUUUUAGCCGUCGCGUGGAGCGGAUGGCGACCCUGGCUUUGA